GGCCACAGAGGGACGGAUGCACAAACACACACACACGCAUAUAUAUUUAUAGCCACACUCGCAGCAACUCAUUUUGUCCAAGUCCCUGAAGAUGUUGCUCUUCAUCUUGCUUUCGCUCUUCAAUUUUGACCCAUCUCUGAGCCUAAAAAUCUGCUCCUUCAAUGUGAGAUCUUUUGGAGAAACAAAAAUAGCCAGACCUGAAGUCGUCGAUGCCGUGGUAAAGAUCAUUUCUCGCUGCGACAUCACAUUGCUGAUGGAAAUAAAGGAGAACAAGAACCUGGUUUGUCCUCUCCUGGUAGAGAAGCUCACCAGUCAGCUGAAGGGGCCGAAGGAGGAAUACAGCUGCGUGGUCAGCCAGAGGCUGGGAAGGAAGAGCUACAAAGAGCAGUAUGCCUUCAUCUACAGGUACCAUCUGGUAUCGGUGAAACAAACCUACCAGUACCCUGACACCCAGCCCGGGGAUGAGGAUGCCUUCUCCAGAGAGCCCUUUGCCAUCUGGUUCCAGUCUCCAAAAACCGCUGUCAAAGAUUUUGCUAUAAUCCCUCUGCACACCACACCAGAGACAGCAGUACGGGAGAUUGAUGAGCUCUAUGAUGUGUAUUUAGACGUAAAACAGCGCUGGAAAACCGAGAACUUCAUCUUCAUGGGAGACUUUAAUGCUGGAUGCAGCUACGUUCCCCAAAAGCAGUGGAAGAACAUCCGGCUGAGAACUUACUCUGAAUUCAUCUGGCUAAUUGGCGACAAAAAUGACACAACGGUGAAGAGAAGCACAAGCUGCCCGUAUGACAGGAUUGUUGUCAGUGGGCAGAAUCUCAUCCACUCUGUUGUGCCACAUUCUGCCAACAUCUUUGAUUUCCAGAAGGACUUCCAGAUGACUGAGGAGCAGGCACUGGGGGUGAGCGACCACUUCCCUGUAGAGUUUGAGUUAAAAACAAGAGGCGGCUUCUUCAACUGGCUGAAAUCACAGUUUUCAAGGAGGAGGAGACCAAGAAAGAGCCGUCGUUCGAACUCAUGAGUGUGCCGAGUCCUCUCACGUGGUGUGGAAAUACAUGGAAGCCAACAGAUCUUGUAGAAGACUAGUGUAGAUAUACUCACAGCAAGUGCAAUAUUUAGUGGAAAAAAACCAAACAAAUAUUUUGUUAAACUUCAAAUAUUUGGGGUAAGAAAGUGAAUUAAACCUUCAGGUUAUUUUCCUUCUUGUACAUGAAAAUAAAUCAUCUAGAAGCAGCACACUAGGCUUAUGUACUGUUGCCAAAUGUUAUGAGCUACUAAAAGGCUAAAAUACUUCUGUACGCUUUACCUGUAAGGGCUGAAGGACAGGGAUCGCCAUCUGUUCGCAUGGGCUCUGGAGCUCUGCCAUUCCUCUGCAGGGGCAGGGAUUAGAAGGAUCUUUCUGCAUCCUGCAUAUGUGUGGAUGCUUCAGAGCCGUGACCAGUGGGACACAGGUCUGUGCCUGGUGAUUUGCAAUGUAAAAUGUUGCUGAAUUUAGAGUAUUUGCUUGGUCUGGUUUAAAACUGCUCACAGCAUCAAAGACUUGGGGAAAGACAGAAAGAAAAGAUAGAGGGACAGGCACUGAGAGCCCCUUUUCUGCACUAACCCAGCCAGGGAGCAUUGGGGACAGAACGCUGGGUUCCCACCCCUGCCUGCCUGCCAGCUGCCCUCACCCUGCCUGCAAACUGCAGGCGAGAAGUCCUGUGGAUCCCAGGUGACAGCGCUGCCAGAAGAGAGUGUGAGCAAAACUUAAAUUAAAAUCUGAUUUCAGCAUCCUGACAUGGAAGUGAGCUGCAUCUCCCCUCCCAAAAAACCUCCAUGGCAGCCUAAAGUUCUCCAAUGAACCAAAAUUUAAUGAUGAUUAUUUAAUGUAGUGGUGCAGCAAUCUGUUUUCUCAGCUCAGCCCACAGGCUGUAUUUAGUGCAAACCAAACCCUGUCACACAGAUGGCAUCUGAAAAGUGGGAAUAAUCCAACUGUUAGUAGAGGCAAAUAUUCAUCUCCCUCCAUCAAGAUGCCCUGGUUUGUCUGCUGAUGGGACAGGGAGGGCUAGCAAAUGAUACACGCUUUUAGCGGAGGAAAACAGUUUGGCCUUUGCGAAACUCGCUGUCUGGGGAGAAAGAAUUUGAGGAAGAAAACAAAACUGAGAGGAGAUUAUCCCAAGGGGGAGGGCGUGCAGGGCAGACAACCACCCCCCCCCAACUUUCAAUAGUAAUUAAUCUUGAAACAAUACAGCAUUUCAUAAGCUCCCUUGGUUAUACCCCAGCCAAGGCAAAAGGAGAGAAAGAGCCUGAUUUAGAAGAAAUAUUUACAUUGGGAUUUUUUAUAGAAAUGCUACUGUCUGGCUGACAUCAGCGAUGGUUCACGUGAAGGCUGAAAUCAGUCUGAGUCUCUGGUCUUAUGUCUUAGUCCUACAUAAAUCCCUACUGUCUUUUGGCUUUCGGAAAGAAGCAAUGCACAAAGGAAUAAAUCACAUUCCAAGAAAGCAAUAAUGGAUACAUUCGAUCAUGAAAAAUACGUAACUAUGACUAAGUUUUGCUGAAAAACCUUUGUCCUUAUUUGUGACAUUGAAUAUAAUCCUUCACCCAGCAUCUGAAGAGACGAGACGUGGCCAGAGAGUAGCUGCUGCAGCGGCUGCAGCCUCAGGCAUGACAUUAGCAGCUGUCGGUCUGGAGAUGCUGUUGCAGAGAGGCUGAGCAUUUGACCAGCAGAGAGACAUCUUAAUGCAAAAUGAAGCUCCUCCACGAGAGCCAGGACGCGCUUUUGUGGGACUAAGCAGACAGACAGCAUCCGCACUCAGUUCAUAUUGUUUGAUAGGGACUGGGACGUACAGUCAGCACAGUGGAUCUCUAUAGAUAUUCCUGUGUUUAUUCCACAGAUUCAUUAGACAAUAGUAUAAUUACAUCCUAAAAUGUUUAAAA